AUGCAGGCGAAUGAACAUAAGGAGACAGUCAAUGGGCUGGGAGGAGGAUGCGUAGGCUCGAAGGAGAACGUUCCAGGAGUAGAGAUUUGGUUGGGGAAUUUGGUCGAACACUUGGCGGGCGUAGCGAAGGCUGGGGGACUCGGAGAAGGCGGACGAGUGGAGGAGCUUGCUGGCGGAGAACGGGUCGGAGAAGAGCCCGGCCCGGAGCAUCUGGGCGUGGAUUUGCUUGAGCUGGUGGGGCGUCGAGCACCGGUCGAUGAGCGAGAUGGUGGGGUGGCUCGCAAAGCGGCGGUCGGUGGUGGUGGUUUGGAUGGUGGCGGCUCAUUUGUUAUUGCAUACUCAUUGGCUGAGUCUCAAAAUGAAGUUACUGCUGCAACUAACUACAACACCAGGGUUGUCGAGUGUCAUUUAGCUUCUGUAAAGUGUAUGUGGGAUAAAACUUUGGAUGAGUACGCAAGAAGCAAUAGCAGAGAUAAAGGGAAUCUUGCUAUUUCUCAUAAGUUAGUUCAACUGAGACAUAAAAGAGGUACGAACCGGGAAGUAGAAUCAGAAAGAAAACCCUUACCAACGAGGUUAGCGGCCGUAGCCAAUCGGGUCGGGCGGUGGCAGAUGGGCGGCGUCUCUGCAAGGAGUGAAGUCGAGACCGUGACGGUGGAAUUAACGGCGACAGGAGUGAAGCUUGGGCCGUGGCGGUGGGAUUGGCGCUUGGCUGCGGCAGGCUAUGAGGAGCAAGCAGAGAAUGAAGGAAGACAGAUUGUCGAUUCAAUUCUCCUGGAAGUUUUCUAA